UUAUUUUCUUUUUUCUUGCUGUCUUUAAGUCUUCCUCUCUCUGGUCUCCGUCUGCUGGAGCACUGGAAUGGUAACCCGCGGAGCAUCAGCAAAGAAGAGCGAGUGAACCGAAGCAAAAGAGAAGAGGAGGGAGAAAGCAGAAGAGGACAGUUACAUGGGGAAGAAUUAUUAGGCAUGAGGUAUGAGAGAGAAGUUGACAACCAGAGCAAGUGAAGGAGAGAGGGAGCGUGAUAAAUUUACAAAAAAAGAAAGGGGUGAAGAGUGAGAGAGUGUUAAGACGGGAAAGAGAAGCAGUAAGGGGAUUAAAAAGCUGGAAUGCGCUGACACUGGAGACCUUAGUUUCUGUUUGCAUUUGGCAACUCUGUCACUCCACAGGUUUAUCAUACAAACACCAAUUUACCAACACACACGCUCACACACACACACACACACACACACACACACACACACACACACGCUGUUUGCUUUGGAGGAUGAUCCCAGGAGGCUCACGCCUGGUAACCCCCCACCCCUCACCCUCAGCUUGCCUUCCCAAAAGUGCCCUCCCUCUGGCCCUCUCAGCCUACCUGCAUGAGUCACAACACGCUGGAGCUUGAGAGUCACAGAGUCACACUCAUUGAGAGCUGAGAAUCCCUGUGUUGCCCACGGGACACAGCUGCAGUCACCCUGGCUGAGAAAGACAGAGGAGCUUUACCGAUCUGCUGACCUGCAGGAUGUCCAAAGCCUCCAGGCUGGCCCGGCCCCCCUCAAUAGGGUCCAGAUCCAAGCUGCCCUCCCCCAGGAAGGAAUGCCCUGGCACGGCCGGUCGAGCCCGGGUUCUGAGCGUGGGGGAAAAGCUAAUGAGGGCAGGUAGUGACGGUAUCCUGAGCAGACAGAAGUCUUUAAAGGCCACUAUGCCACAGCACAAAACCCAGAGUGAGACCCAGACUGAGACUCCGGCCCCCAGCCACGGUCCAGCUGAGAGGGGCCAAAACAUGGAGACGGUCCCUCCCAAGAGCAGGAUCAGCACAACAAAAGCCUCAAGUCAGCAUCAAGGCUCUGUGCACAAACAAACCAAAAGCAACCUGAAGGUAACCUACCCAGAGGAAGCCCAGCACGUAAGCCGCAGACAGGCCUCCCCAAAUGGGACGGCCCCUUCAAGAGGGGAUGCCAAAGGCAGCCGCACGGUCCCUCGAAGACACACAUUAGGGGGAGCCCGCAGCUCCCAAGAGAUCCUAGCUAUGCAGCCAUCAGACAUGGACAAGAAGAGGGAGGCCUUCCUGGAGCAUCUGAAGCAGAAAUACCCCCAUCAUGCCUCAGCGAUCAUGGGCCAUCAGGAAAGGCUGCGAGAGCAGUCUUUACAGGGCAUGCUCUCCUCCCUUCACUCUGAGCUUGACAUUCAGAGGUACCUGAUGAAAAUCCAAUUGCCCCACAGAAGCAGAAGCCCAAAGCACAGCCCCCAGCACAGCAUCGGUGACCAGGUUGACCACCUAUCCUUGGCCUCCCUGGAGUCGUUGGACGCCAUGUCUGAUGCCGAUGUACCUACAGCCUUUACCCGCGGUAGCCGGAUUCGUGCUAGCCUGCCUGUGGUGCGAUCAACCAACCAGACAAAGGACCGCUCGCUUGGUGUGCUGUACCUGCAGUACGGGGACGAGACCAAACAGAUCCGCAUGCCUAAUGAGAUCACCAGCAUUGACACUAUCAGAGCUCUGUUUGUUGGUGCCUUCUCGCAGCAGCUGACUAUGAAGAUGUUGGAGUCACCUAGCGUCGCCGUCUACGUCAAAGAUGACAUGAGAAAUAUGUACUAUGAGCUCACUGAUGUCAGGAACAUCACGGAUCACUCCUGCCUGAAGGUCUACCACAAAGACCCAGCACAGGCGUUCAGCCACGGUCCAAGACCUGCCAAUAGCGAUGCCAGGAUCCACAGUGAGAUGGUGCAUGCCGGCCGUGAUGGCCCGCAACCUCUGAGACAGCCCUCCAUGGGUCCCCCAUCACACCACCCCAUGCAGGGAGCACUCCCCCCGACUCCCCAGUCCAUGCCCCCAUCCCCCUCCAGAAUCCCAUUUGGCCCACGGCAAGGCUCUAUACCUGGCAAUGCCACUAUCCCAAGGGACCGGCUGACUAAUACCAACCCUCCGGCUCGCUCUAUCUCACCCUGUCCCAGCGCCAUUCUGGAGAGACGGGAUGUCAAGCCAGAUGAGGACAUGGGUGGCAAAAGCCACAGUCUUUCCAGGGGAAAUGAGGGGCUGUAUGCAGACCCAUACUUGCUCCAAGACGGAAGAAUUAGCAUGGCUACUGCCCAUGGACCACACCCCAGCCCUGGUCUUGAUGGUCCAGAUCAUGGCAUGGGGGGAUUUCACCGUGCCUCCAUCCGCUCCACAAGCUCUUACAGCGGGCCCAGCCCCACAGACACUAUGGAUCACCCCUCUCUGUACAGGCAGAAGUCCAGAAACAGCCAGCUACCUACUUUGGGCUCCAAGACUCCUCCCCCAUCCCCUCACCGGAUGGCUGAGGUACGGAUAAUUGACAUCCAGUGCGGGCCUCCUCAUGGUGUGCCACCUCAUGGCGGGCCUCCUCAUGGCGGGCCUCCUCAUGGUGUACCACCCCAUGGCGUUCUCAUGGAGAGAAGCUCACCUGUGCGCCAGUCCUUUAGGAAGGAGGAUAUGGCAGGGAACAAGCCUCGGAGCAACAUGGGAUCACCUACAGUUUCAGACCUCCAGGGUCACCUCCAGGGUCCCAUCCCGGCUGCCAAUGAGCAUCACACACGAGUGCGAAUGAAGGCUAUGGAGCAACAGAUUGCCAGCUUGACUGGUCUUGUUCAGCAUGCACUUUUAAAGGAGCCAAACACUAGUGGCAGCAAGGAGCUACUAAGUGAGAGACCACCGAAGACAUCAUCUCCAGCCCACAGUGCACAUAGCUCAGGUGGUUCCCCAGUCUUGGCUCCCAAGAGCAGUACUGCUCCAUCAGACAAGGGCCCAGUUCCUCUCAAAGUCAACCUCCUGCAGUUCAGGAAGAAUGUUUCUGACCUCAGGAUGCAACUCCAUCAGAUGAGACAGCUGCAGCUCCAGAACCAGGAGGCUUUACGAGUCCAGCUGAAGCGGGCCGAGCAGGAAAUCAGUGUUAGACUUGCAGAGGCCAUGCGGGGUCUGGAGGACCCUGUGCAGAGGCAGAGAGCUUUGGUUGAAGAGGACAGGCACAAGUACUUGGGUCUGGAGGAGCGUGUCCUCAUACAGCUUGGCGAACUGGAGCAGUAUGUAGGCUCUCUGCAGAAAGUCUCCGCAGCGACACACCGAGUAGUGACCCUGAAGGAUUUGGAGGAGGGAGCGGUGACUCUGAGGAAGGUGGGAGAAUCUCUGGCAGGGCUCAAAGGAGAGUUCCCAGCCCUACAAACGAGAAUGCGGUCUGUGCUCAGGGUAGAAGUGGAAGCUGUCAAGUUUUUGAAGGAGGAGCCUCAUAAACUGGAUAGCAUGCUGAAAAGGGUCAAGAGCCUGACUGAUACACUUAGCAGUCUGAAAAGAUGUGCUACUGAGGGCCCUCAGAAAGGACCUGAUUCCAGUGCUAAUGUCCAAGUGGACAACAGCCCUUCAGCAGCAGCAGCAGCAGCAGAAGCCCUUGCAGAAGCUGGCUCCACAUCACCCCCGCUGGAGCCCCAGAGCUCCACUAUCAAAUCAGAGGUGAUGCCUGCCUCUCCGGUGGUCAUCCAUCAUGUCCAGAGCUCCCGGGUCCACAUACAACAGUCCCAGCAGUCUGCAGCCUUGACAGCUCAGCCGAGCCCACCGCUCACUCCCAGCCCCUCUCACACUCCCAGUCCCAACCCGAGCAAGAGUCAAGGCUGGGAAUCUCCCAACGCGGCAGCCUCUGAUCCACCGAGUCCUGCCCAUCAUAAGAAGACACAAGGGUACCCAAUGAAUAAUGGAAACGGCACAGGUCUUGUCAUAGAGGAGCUCCAGAACAGUCAGGACAAGAGCAAAAACAGAGCCAUGUGCAUAAAGGCAGCAGAGAAGGAGUGGGAAGAGAGGAGGCAGAACAUGGGUCAUUAUGAUGGAAAAGAGUUUGAAAAGAUCCUCCUGGAGGCCCAGGCCAACAUGAUGAAGGGCAUUCCCAGUCUGGAUGUGCAAGAGAACCCAGCACUUCACCCUGCUGCCACUGCAGAACAAGCAGACGUCCACAAGCCUGUGGAGUCACCGACAGAAGAACCCCUGUCUAAGCCUCAGUCUGAUGAAUCAGGCAAGAAGGGGCCUCAGAAACCUCCAAAUCCUGUGUUGGAGAAACCAGCCAAACCUGCACUGGAGAGACCCUCCAAGACUGCCACCAAGCCAGCUCUCACUGAAAGUUUUACAAAGCAGGGGACUGAAAAGUCCAUUAAGUCCCCACCACCACCUCCUCCAAGGAAGACCUACUCCAGCUCGAGCUCAGGUAUGACCACCACACGCUCUGGCGAAGUGGUCUACACCAGCAGGAAGGAGUCCAUCUCAGCACAGGAGGGUGAAGAGGACCCUCCACUUCCCAGUCCCCAACCCAAGCCCAACAAGGUGCCACCAGAGACCAAGCCGAAGCCAGCCACCCCUCCCCCCAUCUCUGCUUCUGUUACCAGAGAGGAGGAGGAUGAAGGGGACAAGAUCAUGGCAGAGCUCCAGGUAUUCCAGAAGUGCAAAGUUAAGGAUGUAGGGGUGAAAAAUUUGGUAGAACCCACCUCUCGAAUUGAACCGCAAAUCAGAGAAUUAAGACCAGGGGCCUUAUUGCCCCUCAAAGAGAAAAAGCAGAGCUCAGAGCCCACUCAAGAGGAUAAAGACCCAGACACAGAUGAAAAUGGGAAUACUACUGUUCGACAGAGCCAAGGGGUUAUAUACUAUGUGACUGGCCAGAUUCCCAAAGAGCCACCACCGUCAGGAACGGAGGAAACCCCCGAACGCCGAGAGCCCACACAACCUCCAUCACAGGUGUCAAAUGUCAAUGUUAAUGACAAUUCUCCAAGCCAGCAGCAGCCGCCACUGUCUCCACCACCCAAAUCACCCCCACCUAUAUCACCUAAACCUGUGGGACUGAAAGGAUUCAAACUUCCAAGGAAGCAAGUUAAACGCUCCGAAUCCUUGAAGACCAGUGCAGAAAUGGAGAAGGGGAAAAUACUCAAUAAAAUUAACACUGAAAAGAAAAGUAAAGUCAUCCAGCGACAUGUUUCAACAAGUGAGAAUAUAAUACCUGAGCCUGUGGCAAUCACAACAACCAGUACUAUAAGAGAGGUGCCUAAAGGUUCUGUGGCUCUUAGUGAGGACAUUGAUCCACCUAAAGCUAACUGUGAGGAGGGGAAUGAGGAGGCUAGUCUUAGUCCUGACUUACCUGGAGAGGAGGCACCUCCACCCCCUGACAACAUAGCAUUUAUGAUCACUAACACCAAAGUCCAGGCCCUGUCCUGUGGCGAGUACCAAGAACUGGUUAAUGCCAAGAAAGGAAGUGUCCAGACUGUUACUGUGGGUAGCGCCACCUACCAAGGGAACAGCACAGCGGAUCCCAAUGGGCUACAGGAUAAUGGCUUUAACAAGAAGCCUGUCAUCAUCAUUUUUGACGAGCCCAUGGACAUCCGUUCAGCGUACAAGCGCCUGUCCACCGUCUUUGAAUGUGAGGAGGAACUGGACAGAAUGCUCGCAGCAGAGUGCAUCGAGGAGGAGAGUGAGGAGUCGGACACGGAGAGGAGUGGUGGGCCGCAGGUUAAAGCGGGAGGGACUGAGGUGGUUGAUGGCAUAAAUGUCAUCACGUCACAGGUCACUGCAGAUCCCUUUGAAAUAUCACCCUCAUCUUCAUCUUCAAUCUCGGAGUCAAAUGGUGACGCCAAGCAAGAUGUUAAGAAGAAGUUCAAGUUUAAGUUCCCUAAGAAACAGCUGGCCGCACUGACCCAGGCAAUUCGCACGGGCACCAAGUCAGGCAAGAAGACCUUACAGGUGGUUGUGUAUGAAGAUGAGGAGGAACCUGACGGUACUGUCAAGCAGCACAAAGAAGCAAAGAGAUAUGAGAUCACACGUUCAAAAUCCUUGGCAGACGCUCCCAAGGCAACCGGCUCAGUCGCGCUGAAGAGGCAGAAUUCCGACUCCCUCUACAGGACUGAUGAGAUCCGGAAGAACACCUACAAGACACUGGACAGCUUGGAGCAGACCAUCAAGCAGCUGGAGACCACUAUCAGUGAGAUGGGACCAUGCUCCCCUGGGGAGCCAGUCUGCACAGAGGAAGCUAAAGCAGGGAAUGGGAAAAGCUCAGAAGGAGUGGGGCUAAAGAGGUCUUCCUCUCUCCCUACCUCCAGAGCGUCAGGCCCUAAGGUACCCAGCAAAAACUUUUUGCAGAAAAAGCCAAAACCUCAGCUCCUUCCUCGCCCUGUAGUCAUCCCUACUACCACCACCACCACCACCACCGUCCCCAGUGUCCCCAGCACCGUACAACAGAUCCCAUUGCAGAACACCAGUGUCGCUUCCCCUACUAGUCGGAUGCCCGUCCCUUUGUCUGCGAAGUCCAGGCAGUCGCCGGGUACUACUGACAAAGCAGGAAAACAGCAAAAACUGCAGGACGCUCAGAGGCAGUUCCGACAGGCUAACGGAAGUGCUAAAAGAGUGGGAGGGGAUCAUAAAACCACUUCCCCUACUAUACCCACCUCUAAAAUCCCUGCUUUUUAUCCUAGCUCUACUAAAGGCAGCUCCCAGUCUGCACCAAACUCAGAUGCUACUAAUCCCAAUAACUCUUCCUCCUCCUCCUCCUCCUCCUCUUCCUCCUCUGUGACAAAGUCAUCCCUCCUGUCCUUUCACACUCCUCGUUCCGGUUCCCAACCCUCCUCCCACAUCCCUUCCCUGUCUAACGGAUCCCUCAAACUCCCCACACCCUCACAGCACACAGGUAAAGCUCUCUCGUUCUCCUCGCAGACUCAAAAUGGUCGAGUGCACUCCUCCUCUUCAUUCUCCUCCUCAUCCUCCUCCCCCUCCCCUCUGUCGCCCACACCUUUGGGCCCAGGUGGAAAGAGCAUCCGCACCAUACACACCCCCAGCUUCACCAGCUACAGGUCCCACAACGGCAGCAGCGGCAAAUCCUGCAUCCCAACAGCCACAGCAGCUAAGGACACUAUCUAGCCUCAUUAUUGCCCCUCUGGCUUUACCGCAUAGCAGGUAGAGCUGGUCAUGUUUGAUUAUGUAUUGUUUUGGUUUGCUGUUUUUCUUUCUGUUUUUGAACGUUUUUGUAAAAGUAUUAAGUGAUGCACACCCCCACUUCAUAUUUUAUUUGACACUGACAUUCUCACACCAAUGUUUAUUACCUAUAAGUUGGAUUUUUCAGUUUUUAAAUUACUUACUUAGAUUCUCAUUCUUUUUUGGUGGUGUACCAGGUGUUCUGACAAAAUAUUUUAUUAAAAAACAUUGUACUUUUACCACUUUGUAGUUGAAGUGGAAGGCUCUCAUGGUGUUGGAAAUCUAUUUUUCUUGCUGUAGCUAGGAAUAGGGAGUAUAGAGUUGAUGUACAAUCACAAAGUACCAUGUAAAAAUGUUGUUUUAUUUUUCAAACAAGAGAUUGAAAAACCAUAGUAUAUUUAAUCGUCUAUAUUUCUUAUGUUGCCACACAUUCAACACAGCCCUUGUAAAUGCCUUGUAUGAGUGUAUACAUAAUGUAUACAGACAUUUUAAAGUUUAAUUCAUUGUUAACUUCUGUUUUCCAAGGGAAUUUCCUUAUUUUUCACACUCAUAUGUAAAGCUGGUAUGAUAAAUAACACACAUUUUCAUUUUAGUGUGCCUAUUUGCCAAAGUUGUAGUACAAUGACUCACUUCAGGCCUAAUUCAGUCACAAGAUUUAGGGGAGUUUACAUGCACUCUCUUGGUGUCAUGGCUGAAGUAUUGACCUCAGUGUUUGCACUGCUGGUCUUGGUUUGUUAAGUUAACAUAUGUUGUUGUCUAAAUGUAAACUGUACUAAAAAAGUGAAUCAGUUCUACCACAUGUACAUAGAUGCUUCUACUAAGAAAAUAAGUAGUUUUGUUAACAUACCAAAGUUUAUUUGUAUGCAUGCCUUUCAAAUACUUUAGGAGAGUGGUAAAAGAAGAAUUAUGUUUGCACAGAUAGAUUUUGUAAAUAUCUGGUUUUCUCUCAUUUUUGUAAAGCUUUAAAUCAUACUAUAAAGGAGCAAUGUGGUUAAGACAAAAACUGUGUUGGAGUAGCAAAAAUAAAGACUUGCAUGCUUGUAAUGCAAUGAGCUU